AUGCGCUCCUUAUGGCGCGUUCCAUUGCAACUCGAGUCUGCUCUAUGCGAUGCAGGAUCUGGGAGAUUCCAACCCAAGUCACAAGUGCCGUCCUAUUGGCUCCUGAUGUGUAUGGGAAAGACGGAAUUGCAUGGCCAUUGUUUACAUCAUCUGCAUCAUAUCGCUUUCGCUCAUGGCACCAGCACUAACAUCAACAGCUUAAUCUCCAUCCAACACUCCAAAAUGUCUGCUCCCAACCCCGGCCGUCAGUCUCCCGACCCCGAGCGCCAGUCUGGCGCCCAAGCCGGUCAGAUUUCGGACAAUGUCAACAAGCAGGGCGCAGGACCUCAAGAGGGCGCCGAACAAGCCAGCGACAACACCAAGAACAGUCUCAGCUCCAACCCUGAGCACCCGCUCAAGCAGCACAGCGAGGAGACUACCAGCAAGAAGGUUUAA